AUGGGUCUCGCGUUUUCCAAGAUCUUCGACAAGCUUUGGGGGAAGAAGGAGAUGAGAAUUUUGAUGGUUGGUCUUGACGCCGCCGGAAAGACCACUAUCCUCUACAAGCUCAAGCUCGGUGAAAUCGUCACGACCAUUCCCACCAUUGGCUUCAACGUCGAGACCGUCGAGUACAAGAACAUUCAGUUCACCGUGUGGGAUGUCGGUGGUCAGGACAAGAUUCGUCCUCUCUGGAGACAUUACUUCCAGAACACCCAGGGUAUCAUCUUCGUUGUCGACAGCAACGAUCGCGACCGUAUCGUCGAGGCCCGUGAGGAGCUCCAGCGCAUGCUCAACGAGGACGAGCUGCGGGACGCCAUCCUCUUGGUCUUCGCCAACAAGCAGGAUUUGCCCAACGCCAUGAACGCCGCCGAGAUCACAGACAAGCUUGGUCUCCACUCCCUGAGACAACGCGCCUGGUACAUCCAGUCCACCUGCGCCACCUCCGGUGAUGGUCUCUACGAGGGUCUCGAGUGGCUUGCCACCACCCUGCGUAAGGCGGGUCACCAGUAA